AUGACCAAUCAGGCGCCCCUCCAGGUUUAACUAUGUUAAAUGUCAGAUUGCAAUAAACUAGAAGCUGUUGGUCGGGCCCGCGGAAAUGGGCGAGCAUAAUCUCCUUAAUCCAGGGUUUGUGGGACCUUUGGUAAACAUCCACACUGGAGACACAUUUUACUUUCCGAAUUUUAGAGCCUCAGGGGGACAACUGGCGGGGCUACCGUCUCUCUCCUACCCGAGAAGGGACAAUGUUUGCUCCCUCCCGUGGAAUCCUUCGGAGCCGUGCAAUGGAUACUCUCAAUCCUACUUUAGCAGCCCCGUGUCUAUUAACCCUUCUUUCAAUCGGUCGUGUGAGAUUACCAGACCAGAAGAGGGUAAAUGUUAUUAUAAUAACGGCAACGGGAACAGGGAGACCUGUUCAGGUGGCAGCAGCCUCAAAAGAGAGGAUAGGGCGAGAGACACAUCAUCAUUAACAUCUGACCACGGGAUGCACAGUGGAAUAGGCAGCACUGUCGCCUUUUCCAAAUAUGAUUAUGGGACCGAGCAGCUAACGCAAGACCCGCCGUCCUGUCAGUCAAUGGAGUCCGACUCCAGCUCCUCUCUGCUCAACGAGGGCAGCAAGCCUUCAUCCAGCGACACACAGACCCUGGUGUCACCGGGAAGCCAUUCAAGCAACAUAGCUGCAGGCGGAGCUGCCCCGUGGUACCCGAUGCACACUCGGACCAGAAAGAAGCGUAAACCGUAUUCCAAACUUCAGCUGGCUGAGCUAGAAGGUGAAUUCAUGAUGAAUGAGUUCAUCACCAGGCAGCGGCGGAGGGAGCUCUCCGACCGCCUGAACCUCAGCGACCAACAAGUCAAGAUCUGGUUCCAGAACCGCAGGAUGAAGAAGAAGAGACUCAUGCUGAGGGAGCAAGCUUUGGCCUACUUUUAAAGAUGCGGCAGAAGGUGAAUCGAUAGGCAGUAAAAGCCAAGCCUUCUACGUUCCCCUUGGUCUUCUUUUCAAUGCAUGCACUCAUCUGUCCAUCUUUUACACUGCAGGCGAUUAUUACAACAUUUUCUGAUAUUUUUAUUUCUCAAAGGUGCAGGCUAAACGAGCCCAAAAACAAGCCACUACCUGGCAUACAAAGCUAUAUUCUACAUGUCAAUAAGACUGUCUUCAUGUUUGGUGUUGUCGCACAAAAAAGCUGUGAGGAUAUGUUUUUCUGUGUAGGCUGCAUCUCUUGUUUUUCCUGAUUUGUCAGGAGAUCAGUCUACGCCCUAAAUGUCAGCCACGCGAAGGGUGUCGUCAGGGCAAUAGCUCAGUUUUGGGAUGACACAUAAUAACAUCCUUUUUGUUCCAUUUUUAGUCAGAGAGAACGAGGAGUGAUCGGGGUCACUUGGUAAAAUCUCAAAAAAUAGGCCUAAAAAUAACAGUGGAGUCAGGAAGGACAGCAAAGACUGACUGGCAGGCUUCAUACGCGCAAUAAUUUCUCUGAGGUUAUGAACUGAUAAAGAAGCAUCUCCCUCCCGGUUGCUCAAAAACUUCCAACAGCCAUAAUGUGUGGGUAAGAGGAACAUCACCUUAUCUUCCUUUCUUUUAGUUUUUUCACCAGGCGUUUGUGGGCACGUUCACGGUCACGGGCAGGAAGUCUGGAAGUCUGCAUGAGGAGAGGGGGGACUAAAACCGCAAUGUAAUCCAUAUCGAUAUCCCUAUCUUUGUUCAUGUGCUAACGAGUUUCUAAAGGUUUUUUUUUUUUAAAUUACUUUUCUUACCUUUCAACUUGUCUUAACAACAACCACAGGAUCCUGCAUGGGUUGCAAUUCUUUAGUUGAGUGAGAUCACCGUUUGAAUACGGGUUUGAGCUGCUAUUAAAAGUCCACGUCCAGAUAGUGCCAGUUUUAAAGAAAAUUAAUUUAAAAAAAAUCGUGUAUUCUACAAUAAACUCGCUUGGAUCUGUAGUGGAACAUUUAAACCAGUACAAGUAGAUUUUUUUUAGGCCAACUUGGUUAAACAAGGGAGCCGCCUAAAGUUGCAACUGGGGGGGGAUAAGUUUUUAGGCCUACACGAGCAUUUCUGAAACUUGGUGCUCAUAAUGAAAAUAAAUAUGUAGAAAUUUAGAUAAGUUAAUCAUAGGCCUACGUGUGUGCUCCCUUAAUUCGAGGGGGGAGUGCAGUGCAUCAUCUGUCAUGUAUAACGAGUAAGCUAUAGCAGUGAAAUGUAUUUGCAGCAUGUUAUUGAUGUGAAAUAGCUAUAAGUCAUGUUUUGCGGGCCACUUUUUAUGUAAGUGACUUUUUUAUACAUUGUUUUUCCUGAAUAAAUCAAAAGGAAUCUCCACCUAAACAUUUUUGACACAAACGUCUACAAAGAAUGUAUUAUUAUUAUUAUUAUUAUUAUUAUUAUUAUUAUUAUUAUUUUAUUAUUAUUAGGAUUGACGGACGAAGGGCCUACUUAAUGUACUUGCUAAUUGCAAUGUGCUCAGUGUUGUCCCUUUCCUUACCUUGUACUCGUGUAUAACUUUGUAAAAUGAAAUUACAUAUGUUACUAUUUGAGGAUCCCUUAUCGCUAUGUAAUAGUGCUUUAUGUUAUUGAUCGUCUUGUACAAUAUCGCAUUCCAUAUAGCCUAUUUGUGGUUGUGAGGGUUGGAAAUGUAGGCCUAUUAUACUGCCAAGAAUGGAUAUAAGAAAUGAUAUGCAAGAAAUUUUUACCAUACAUGACGUUUAAAGAAACCCUGUUUCAGUGUAAUAGUUGUUUGUUAUCGUCCUUUUUUUCCCCUCAUUGCAUUCCCUUCUUUGCGCUUGUAAGGAUUGCUACGUUGUCUUGUAAAAGUAAUAAUGAUAUGAAUGUAUAUGCGUAAGGUCUUCAAUAAACAGAAUAUUGAAACGUU